AUGCUGGAAUGGGGAAUCAUCGGCAUAUUUAUUGAACUGACUGGCAAACUACUUGUGCUGGAUCUCAAUGUCAAGACUCACGUCGAAAGCCAGAUCAGACAACUCACAUCAACAUAUUCCAACGCCUUUGAACGACAUCAAGAGAGAGCCAUGAAAGUCGCCGUUGUCUUCGAGUACAUCGCAAAGAACCUCACCAGCAAUUUUCAGGCCCAUGGCGAAUACAUGAGGGCCGUACUUGAGACCAAUAAAUUGAGAGCAGCUGGCGGAUAUGCAGAUGACACAGGAGCGAUCUGGAUGCUUGAUGUCGGCAGCAUUGAGGAAGCGGAAUCAAUUGCGAAGGGAGACCCAUACAUGGUGGCUGGUUGCAUCGCGAAUUACAAAUGUCACGAGGUGAAGUACUGGUCGGCAAAAGAAGCAAAGCAUGAAUCAUGA